AGGGGCGCCGUGCGGGCCGGCGCGGAUAGAGCCGCGGCCACAGUGGGGCGGGGGGCGCCUCUGAGGAGGGGGUGGGAGCCGCGGCCGUCCGACCCUCCCCGCCGGCGGCGGCUCCCGCUCGGGAGCUCGGCUCUCUCGGUGCCACACUGGGAUCCGCCUGGCAGCCGCCGGGAGCCGCAGCCAAUGUGUUAGGACUUCAGGUGCUUUUUGGCACAAAGCUAGACUGCGACCUCCUACCAUAGCGCUUGGCGUCACCUGCUCUCCCGGCCCUGCCCCGGGGCCGAGGGAUUGCGUCCCGAACCAGGCUUGGGAACCGGCUGCCUCUCAAAUGAACCUCUAGUCUUGCUUUGAAAAAGCCAUUUUGUGUAACUCUUGACUGAAUAAUUUCCUAAUACACCUGUUGGGAGGAUCACUGAUACAGUAUGCCAUUUGAGAGGUACUUUUUCUUGACCAAAUACUCUCUUGAUUAGAGAAGAGAGGUGUUUUGUUUUUUUGUUUGUGUUUUCCUGAUCAUUAUGAACAUUGGCUUUUCACCCCUGAAGUAAAAAUGUUGAAAACCGAGUCUUCAGGUGAACGAACCACUCUCAGAAGUGCCUCUCCUCACAGGAAUGCAUAUAGAACUGAGUUCCAGGCACUGAAAAGUACCUUUGACAAACCCAAGUCAGAUGGGGAACAAAAAACAAAAGAAGGUGAGGGCUCCCAGCAGAGCAGGGGGAGGAAAUAUGGCUCCAAUGUCAACAGAAUUAAAAAUCUAUUUAUGCAGAUGGGUAUGGAACCCAGUGAAAAUGCUGCGGUCAUUGCCAAAACAAGGGGGAAAGGUGGACCUUCAUCUCCACAGAGAAGAAUGAGGCCCAAAGAAUUCCUGGAAAAAACAGAUGGCUCAGUUGUUAAGUUGGAGUCCUCUGUUUCAGAACGAAUUAGUAGAUUUGACACAAUGUACGAUGGCCCUUCAUAUUCUAAGUUCACAGAAACUCGGAAGAUGUUUGAGAGAAGUGUGCAUGAGUCAGGACAAAACAGCCGCUAUUCCCCAAAGAAAGAGAAAGCUGGAGGGAAUGAACCUCAGGACGAAUGGGGUGGCUCCAAGUCCAACAGAGGCAGUACUGAUUCCUUGGACAGCCUUAGCUCCCGGACGGAGGCUGUUUCCCCAACUGUGAGUCAACUGAGUGCAGUAUUUGAGAACACUGAUUCCCCCAGUGCCAUGGUUUCUGAGAAGCCUGAAAACGAAUACUCAGUGACUGGGCAUUAUCCCCUGAAUCUACCAUCUGUUACUGUUACAAAUCUUGACACCUUUGGUCACCUUAAGGAUUCAGAUUCUUGGUCUCCUCCAAGCAAACACGGUGAUGAUGCAGAGGAUGCUCAGAAGAGUAAUACAAGUCCAGUACCAGAAGUGGCUUCGAAAAGUACCUCUCUAGCUUCAGUGCUUGGUGAAGAAACACAGCAGAGCAAGGAAGCCGAGGACUCCACAUCUAACCAAGAGACUCCUGACAGAAUUGACAGAGAUCUUCCUGAGGAACCUUGUGCUGCAAAUAAGGCGAUGCCAGAGUCUGAAAUCCUUUCACCACAAAACGAACCUUUAGAAGAUGCCGAAGCUAAUUUAGUUGGGAGUGAGGCAGCAAUGCAUCAGAAGAAAGAACUUGCAGGUGGUGAUUUUACCUCUGCUGAUGCUCCUGGAUCCAGUUGUGGAAAGGAAGUACCCGAAGAUUCAAAUAAUUUUGAGAGUUCCCAUGUUUACAUGCACAGUGACUAUAAUGUGUAUAGGGUAAGAUCCAGGUAUAAUUCAGACUGGGGAGAGACAGGCACUGAACAGGAUGAGCAGGAAGAUAGUGAUGAAAACAAUUACUAUCAACCAGAUAUGGAGUACUCGGAAAUUGUUGGAUUGCCAGAAGAAGAAGACAUCCCAGCAAAUAGGAAAAUUAAGUUUAGUAGUGCUCCAAUUAAGGUUUUCAGCACAUACUCCAAUGAAGACUAUGACAGGAGAAACGAUGAAGUGGACCCUGUGGCUGCUUCUGCUGAGUAUGAACUUGAAAAGCGUGUAGAAAAGCUGGAACUUUUCCCAGUGGAACUAGAAAAAGAUGAAGAUGGACUUGGUAUAAGCAUUAUUGGAAUGGGUGUUGGAGCAGAUGCCGGGCUUGAAAAGCUGGGAAUAUUUGUCAAAACAGUAACAGAAGGUGGUGCUGCCCAGAGGGAUGGCAGAAUACAAGUCAACGACCAGAUUGUGGAAGUGGAUGGAAUCAGCUUGGUGGGUGUCACACAGAAUUUUGCUGCAACAGUUCUCAGAAACACCAAGGGCAAUGUCAGAUUUGUUAUUGGGCGAGAAAAGCCAGGACAAGUGAGUGAGGUUGCCCAGUUGAUAAGCCAGACGCUGGAACAAGAAAGGCGCCAGAGAGAGCUGCUGGAACAGCACUAUGCCCAGUAUGACGCCGACGAUGAUGAGACAGGAGAAUAUGCCACAGAUGAAGAAGAGGAUGAGGUAGGACCUGUUCUUCCUGGCAGCGACAUGGCCAUUGAAGUCUUUGAGCUGCCUGAGAAUGAGGACAUGUUUUCCCCAUCAGACCUGGACACAAGCAAGCUCAGUCACAAGUUCAAAGAGUUGCAAAUCAAACAUGCAGUUACAGAAGCAGAGAUUCAAAAAUUGAAGACCAAGCUGCAAGCAGCAGAAAAUGAGAAAGUGAGGUGGGAACUAGAAAAAACCCAACUCCAACAGAAUAUAGAAGAAAAUAAAGAGAGAAUGUUGAAGCUGGAGAGUUACUGGAUUGAGGCUCAGACGUUAUGCCACACGGUGAACGAGCACCUCAAAGAGACUCAAAGCCAGUAUCAGGCCUUGGAGAAGAAAUACAACAAGGCAAAGAAAUUGAUCAAGGAUUUUCAACAAAAAGAACUUGAUUUCAUCAAAAGACAGGAAGCAGAAAGAAAGAAAAUAGAAGAUUUGGAAAAAGCUCAUCUUGUGGAAGUUCAAGGUCUGCAAGUACGGAUUAGAGAUUUGGAAGCUGAGGUGUUCAGACUACUGAAGCAAAAUGGGACUCAAGUUAACAAUAACAACAACAUCUUUGAGAGAAGAACAUCUCUCGGUGAAGUCUCUAAAGGAGAUACCAUGGAGAACUUGGAUGUCAAGCAGACAUCUUGUCAAGAUGGCCUAAGUCAAGACUUGAAUGAGGCAGUCCCCGAAACAGAGCGCCUGGAUUCAAAAGCACUGAAAACCCGAGCCCAGCUCUCUGUGAAGAACAGACGCCAGAGGCCCUCUAGGACACGACUCUAUGAUAGUGUCAGUUCAACAGAUGGGGAAGACAGUCUGGAACGAAAGCCUUCAAACAGUUUCUAUAACCACACGCACAUUACCAAAUCACUUCUGCCCAAGGGUUUGAGAACUUCUCCAGAAUCAGAUUCUGGUGCUCCAUCCCUCACUCCAGUGGCAGGCAGUGUGCCCUUCUCGUCUGACCACAUAACUGAAUUUCAAGGAGGACCGCUGCACCCAGAACAGGAGCCUUCCUCCUCUACGUGGGGAGACACUUCACUCUCCUCUCCUUCAAAAUCUGAUCACGAUACGGAAGAAUCUCCUUGCCACCAUCAAGCCACAGUCAAGCAAAUAUCACAAGAGAAAGAUGGUGCCAAAGAUCCCAAAUCACUAAGGGCAUCCAGUUCACUGGUGGUGCAAGGAGGAAAAAUUAAGCGCAAGUUUGUGGAUCUGGGGGCACCUUUGCGAAGGAGUUCCAACAAGGGAAAGAAAUGGAAAGAAAAAGAAGCCAAUAGAUUUUCUCCAGGUAGCAGGAUCUUCAGAGGCAGGCUGGAACACUGGAAACCGAAGCCAUCCCCCACAGCGCAGGUCACCACCCGCUCACCAUGCAUGCCUUUCUCGUGGUUUAACGAAAGCCGAAAAGGAUCCUAUUCCUUCAGAAACCUGCCUUCACCUACAAGUCCCCUUCAGCCUUCUCCUGAAACUCUAAUUUCAGAUAAAAAGGGGUCCAAGAAUUUUACCUUCAAUGAUGACUUCAGUCCCAGCAGCACCAGUUCGGCAGACCUGAGCGGCCUAGGAGCAGAACCCAAAACUACAGGGCUCUCCCAGUCCUUAGUGCUGUCAUCAGAUGAGAUCCUUGAUGAUGGACAGUCUCCCAAACACAGUCAGUGUCAGAAUCGGGCCGUUCAUGAAUGGAGCGUGCAGCAGGUUUCUCACUGGCUAAUGAGCCUAAAUCUGGAGCAGUAUGUAUCUGAAUUCAGUGCCCAAAACAUCACUGGAGAGCAACUCCUGCAGUUGGAUGGAAAUAAACUUAAGGCUCUGGGAAUGACAUCAUCCCAGGACCGAGCAGUGGUAAAAAAAAAACUGAAGGAAAUGAAGGUAUCUCUAGAGAAGGCUCGGAAGGCCCAAGAGAAAAUGGAAAAACAAAGAGAAAAGCUGAGGAGGAAGGAACAAGAACAAAUGCAGAGGAAGUCUAAAAAGAACGAAAAGAUGACAGCUGCCACAGAGGGCGCUGGUGAGCAGUAACACACACCCUCUCUCAGACAAGUCUCCCCUCUUCCUGCCCCACUCUCCUCCGGAGGAUUAAGGAACUGAUGGCAGGGGUAAUGUGCGCUAGGCAGAUGGGGGAACCACGUGUUGCAUAACUGCAUUUUCUGCAAUAAUCGAAUACUAUUUUAAUUUUUGCCUACUGAAAUAAUCCCAAGCCUCCUUUGGUUUCUUGCCAAACCAAGGAUCUCAUUUGUGAAAGAUGCAAAAUAGCUGUGUUUCUCUCUCUCUUACUAUGCUCUUGUGUUGUGUUGGGUGGGUUGCGUUGCUUGGAAAAUGGAUGUCACCCUGCCCAACAAAAGCGUGAAACACCCCAGGUAUUGUUAAUGGAGGGCCGUGACUUUUCAGUCUGGGAAUCCUGAAACUGGGCAAUAGCACGUAUCUGCAUGGCCGAGAGCACCACUCUGCCAUGAGAUCUGGGCUCCAGAAUCUAUCCCAGCAUGUGGGAAAGUUUCCCCCUCAUUUUUGUGUCUGGACAGUGAGACAACCCCACUGUAGAAACAUGGGUGCUCUGUAACAUGAUUACGUACUGUGGCCAAAGGCAAGCAAACUCUUCUGUUUGCGGGGCAUCAGAAAGAGAGAAAAGAAUUAUAGUUAUUUGUUAACCCCAGAAGGAAGCAAAAAGCCUUAAGACUGUGGAUGUGGGUAUUACCUUGGGGUUCUGAGAGUAACAUUUAUCCUCCAGAUUUAGCCGAACAAAGACAAAAAUCAGACAUUAGCACAGCCAUGGGAUAUUGGGAUCCAUUGUUUACUUUGCUACUGCUGCAUGUUCAGUACUUCAGCAACACUGACACACAUAACGUAGUUCCUUUUUCCCCCAACAAAUUGAACAGGAAAUUGAUUUUUAAGGAAACCAACGUUUUCAGGUUUCCUCUCCUGGGGAACAUUCUGGCUGGUCUUCGGCCUGACUGUGACACAAUCAGGAACUUGUCACAUAUUUUCUACUUAAGAUUUCCCAAGUGGGCUCAGUUAGUGUUUUAACAAAUGUACUUUUAAGAAAAAUAGAAAUACCAGUUAGAGAAAAUUUAGAUUUGAGUAGCGUUCAACCAGAGAAGCUAUUUUAUUGAACACACGGAAUGUUCCCGUAAAGGAGAGCUGACAGUUACAUUUUAGAGACGUUUCGAAUGUUUUUUCUGAGCCAUUCUCUUUCACUCUUUAGAGAUUUCCACUUUACGGUUCAAGUUUGUUUAAGAGAGUACACAGGAUACAGUCUACCAGUGGAGACAGUUAAUACUUAUUUUAAACCCA